AUGGCGGCAGGUCAGGGAAGAGGCAGCGCAGCGCUCGUCGCCGGCCUCCUGCUCCUCUGCCUGCUCCUUCCGGCCGCCGACGCCGCCGCCAAGACGUACAUCGUCGGCGACGACGCCGGCUGGAGCAAGAACCUCGAGACCACCUGGCUGGCCGGCAAGACCUUCUACGCCGGCGACGUGCUCGUGUUCAAGUACAACAAGGAGCAUCACGACCUGGUGAUGCUGGGCGGCAAGGGCUACCAGCGCUGCCAGGUGCCACGCCACAGCAGCAAGAGCCGGGUGAUGCGCACGGGCAACGACGCCGUCACGCUGAGCAGGGGCAACAACUACUUCAUCUGCGGCGAGCCCGGACACUGCAAGAACAACAUGAAGCUCGCCGUCAAGGCCUGGUAG